GCAUCUCAUCAACACACACCAUGCAACCUCUCUGCAACACUGGCCCUAUUUGACACCAGCCGUGCAUACGUCGGAGCUAAGGUUCCAAGAAAAUCAAGCCUUUUGUGGGUGCGCCAGGUCCUCAGAAUGGAACUUGAAAAAUACCCUGAGUCCUUGUCAGGCAUAAAUCUGGUAGAUGCCAAGCAAAUGAGGUAUAUCGUGGCUUCUCUGCUGGAACUGCACAAAGGAGUUCCUCAAGGGAAUGACGUCGAGUUCGAGAUGUUAGUGACGGAAUUUCUGACAGUGUUGGGCGCCGGCCUGUUCGCUCACACGUCGUCGCCCCGGGCUUCGCCUCUUGGCUCGAUGUCCUUGAAAUCAGAAGUGGAGCUGAGCGGGAAUCUUCAAAGAAUGGAGCCGUGGCAGGAUCACGAGACGACAAGAAAAAAGCCCUUGAAUCUAGUGACGUCUGUCAAGCACGUUCCUCCCCGGCCUCGUCUGCUCCCGGUUAUCAGCGUCCCCAGUCAUAUCGUGGGGCCUCGUGUGCAAUUUCCGGUGGACCUUACAAGGAAACCCGGGGCCAUUUCAAAGGAUGUUCGACAACGCCGGGAGAGAGAAAAGAAGGAAUUCGCCCUGCGAUUUAGAACUCUUUUAAAGCAGCGAAUCUUGGAGAGGGGUUUGAAGCAGGCCGACCUGGUGAACAGAAAUUCGAAAUGGCAACAGAUAGAAAAGCGCCUUUUGUACGACGCGCUUCCAAGGGAGUUACAGCGGCUCCUGGCCAAGAGUUUGAAGUCGAGAGCCAAUGUCAAGGUCAUAGUCGUGGGAGCCGGGUUGGCCGGGCUGAGUGCGGCGCAAAAGUUGCUGUCUUCUGGAUUCAAGAACGUCAUCGUUCUUGAAGCUCAGAAUAGGGUAGGAGGUAGGAUUCAGAGUAUUGGGCUCAACGAAGCUGAUUCAUAUAAACUUAUCGAUACGGGAUCACCCUGCAUUGACUACCCCGGACCUGAGAACACAGUGUACCAGCUAGCUGCCUCUACAGAUCUAUUGGAUGGAUGCCUUAUUAGUAGGAAGUCGGAAGACAGUGGGCAAAUCUUGGGCCGGGGUCGCAGAAGAGUGAGUACUGACCUAUCUGACCUACUGGCUCCGUUCUGCAAUGGGGUGCUGAAAGAGGCUGACCUGGUGUACCGCGAGGUGUGCCAGAACUCACCCCAAGACCGGGGGCUCUGUCUCUCCAGCGCCGACUACAGGCGCGAAAGGCGUCGUCGAUUGACGGUGCAGAUGUUGAACGUCGGAUGCCUUCCUUUGUAUACUCCGUGUGAGGUAUCGCAGGCUACCAAGAGUUUACUGGCUCGGCGUCAGUAUUCUAUGGGAGAUGACAAAGGAGAUCUGGCCUCUCAUAUGAUGGGUUUCCACAAAGAAAUGAAUGGUGAUGACGUGGAACUUCGCCUUCGAGGUGGAAUGGCGUCUGUUAUCAAAGUGCUUACAUCAGCAUUUCUGCUGCAAACGAUCAGAUUCAAAGCUGCUGUGGAAACGGUGGACUGGUCAGAAUUCAACGUGAAAAAUACACGUGACGGUAAGGAUUCGAAAGUCAAGGUAACGUGUAGGGACGGUCGUGUGUUUGAAGGCCAUCACGUGAUUAUGACCGUGCCUUUAGGCCAUCUCAAAGAGCAUGCGCAUAAAAUGUUUAAGCCAAGUUUAUCUAAAGAAAAACUGGAAGCCCUCAACACUAUUGGAUUCGGAUGUAUUACGAAGGUGUUUCUGAUUUACGAUAAACCUUUGCGUCAGAAUCCAGUCAAUUUUGUCGGCGUUGGCUUAGACCGUCCCUCAGCAGACGGCUGUCGCAAACUGUUCGCGAACGCCUUCAGACUUCGAACUCAUCCAGUCCAUGACAACAUCCUAGAGCUGUCCUUGUCAGGUGCCGAAGCAGAAGACAUCCGAGACGAAGAUAUCGUCCGAGAAGUCUCAUACAUUCUCAACUUAAAUUUUGACGCUGAUGUUCCCGAACCAGUUCAGAUUUAUAAAACUAAAUGGCGUAAAAACCCUUUCAUUAGAGGCACCCACCCUUACUUAACGACAGCGUGCAGCGGAGCUGAGAUGGGCACGUUGGCGGAACCUCUGAGGUUUAGGGGAAACCCUGUCGUCCUCUUCGCUGGUGACGCUACUUUUGAGCACUAUCGCUGUCUUACUCACGCUGCCAGAGCCAGUGGUCUGAGAGAGGCAGAACGUUUGGCAAAUCUUUAUAACGAUUUAUUUCAGUAUGCAAACACAAUGAAUUAAUGACUUGCUCAGAGUCAAGUUAAGAGGUACAGUACCCACAAACAGUAUGAGGGGUCGGCUGAGAGUACCGCUGUACCUGCGUAUAUGUAUUUGUCUGUAUUUUGCGCGCGCACUCAACAAUGAGACUGCACUGGUGUUUAAUCCAUCAUUAAUUUACGCGCCCAUGAUGCACGCCAGCGUAGCAAUGUUAUUUUAGAAGGAAAGGUGCAGCGGCCCUGACAGUACUCAGUCUUGAAUAAUACAGUAAAACACGGAUAGGUCGAACACAGAAGACUCGAAAUCCCGCUUUUUUUUUCUUCUUCUUUGUAAGAUACCGCGAACUACGGAUCCUCGAAGUAUCGAGGCCGGUCUCGACAAAUUCAAGGUAUCCGUGUAAUAUUGUAUAUUUUUGUUGUACACGGUAAGUGUUUUACGGCGCUCGCCACUGUAUAAAGUCAUAUGAGCUUGCGAGACGCAUUAUUAAGGAUUUUCAUUUGGUAGGAAUUUUGCUUAGGUGGAGGUUGAAACCUACUCUUAUUGACUUAUUGAUUUUAGGACCAGCAAGGGAUAUUUAACGUGCGCAACAUGCACACAGGACCUCCGAUAUUUUUUCGCCCGUAUCCGAAAGAGAUAGGUAUUAGAUGCUAUCUACCCUAAGGUCAGUGGUGUUGCUGAAAGACGGCAGUAAGAAGGAGCCAAGGAGUAACAGAACAGUAGAAAGGCUGCAG